AUAUUCGAGCUCGUAGUCUUUUGUUUCUUCUUUCAUGUUUUGUUUUUGUUGUUUGUUGGUAGACAGACAGACAGGUUAUGAGAAACAGCAAGAGAAACAGUGGUGUUCGAGCUAAAUUUUGAAGUUUUGACCAAAUUAUCAUAGUCUACUGAAUAAAUAGCAAAAGUUUACUUGACAAUGGGUAGUAGCAGUGCUAGCGAAUUGUGCGAGUUGAAGCGGGAUGUGAUGCUUCUUGAGGUGGAGAAACUGCUCUACGAAACCGAAAAGCUGAAAGAAGAAAGAGAUAACAUGCGCCAGGAAAAAGAAAUGUUAGAACUUGAGCACCAAGUACUACUGCGUGAAAGAGAAAGACUUGAGGUAGAGUUAGCUAAGCAAAAUCUUCGAGGCAAUGGAGCUUCAAACCGCCCUUCCACAUCAGACAGGGGCCCUUGAACAUUAACAAUUCUUUACUGGUGACUUCUUUUGUCUGUGAUUUUUAACUUAGUUAUGAAGUGAAUAUUAGAUUUGAACUACUAAUCGCAUCAGCUCUGCAAGGGCAUUUCAAGUGCUCAAUAUUUGUGAGCUAGAUCAAUUCUUGCAUGUUAAUGGAACCUGGUAUAAUUUGAAGAAGAAGGCCAAAACAGGAUUGCUCAUGAAAGAACAGCUUUCCUUUUGGUUUUUCUUUUGAUUUACAUCUCUAUGAUAAGUCAUAUGUUCAAAACAGGUUACUUUCAGUCAUUUAUGAGUCAUUUGUGAUGGUAUUUGGUAUAUUUUACUAAUGGGCUGGUGCACAUGUGUGCUGUUAAGAAAUCUUGUUUUGGAGUAAUUUUGUACUGUAUCUACUUUCCCACAGUAACAUAUUUUAUUUUAUUCAACUCAAACAUACAUAGUGGUAAUUUUCUUUGUCCAUCUGGAUGUGUAUUUUAAGACUGCCAUUAAAAUCCCCUCUGACUAUUGAUUGGUAAAUAAACUUACAAAUUUAAA